UGCUAGCAGCAGUUCAGCGCUUCUGAAUGUGAACAGAACCUAGAUGAAAGAAGAGGAAGAUUCCUACUGACAAUAAUCUGCUGGAUGAUUCCCUCAACUGAGCUGAGCGCUGGAUGUUCUGACUGCUGUAUGGAUGAAUCACCUGUUUCUUCUUAUUAAGGCUAUUUCUCAGGCAACACUGGAGAUGUCCUUUUAAGUGCAUUGAGCUGGACACAGAGCGCUGAGAACAGAAGGCACAGAGAGAGAGAGAUCCAACUGAGUAGACCCCCCUCCCUCUUCAAUUUACCCACCCACCUACCCUGAGUCUUUACAUCAGAACAUUCUUCUCUCACCCUUUCCUGUCUGUCUCCCUCUCCCUCUCUCUCUGUGCCUUUCUGCACAACGGCAUUACGGUCUAUUUACUGAGGGUGAAAAGGAGGGAUUCUACCACCCAACAAUCCUCAACCAUGGGAGAUAAAGGCACAAGGGUAUUCAAAAAAGCAAGUCCCAAUGGAAAGCUCACAGUGUACCUGGGGAAGAGGGACUUUGUGGACCACGUUGACCUGGUGGAACCCGUAGACGGCGUGGUGUUGAUAGAUCCGGAGUACCUGAAAGAGAGAAAAGUGUUUGUGACGUUGACAUGCGCCUUCCGGUAUGGACGUGAGGACUUGGAUGUUCUGGGCUUGACGUUUCGAAAGGACCUCUUCGUGGCAAACAUUCAGGCCUUCCCUCCAGUGCCCGAAGACAAAAAGAGGUUAACUCGCCUUCAAGAACGCCUGAUCAAAAAGCUUGGGGAACACGCUCACCCUUUCACCUUCGAGAUUCCACUGAAUUUACCGUGCUCAGUUACCCUGCAGCCUGGACCAGAGGACACAGGGAAGGCCUGCGGGGUCGACUUUGAAGUCAAAGCGUUCUGCUCAGAGAACGUCCAAGACAAAAUACAUAAAAGGAACUCAGUGCGCCUGGUGAUCCGUAAGGUCCAGUACGCCCCAGAGAAGCCCGGCCCCCAGCCCAUGGCUGAGACCACCAGACAGUUCCUGAUGUCUGACAAGCCACUGCACCUUGAGGCCUCACUGGAUAAAGAGAUCUACUACCACGGGGAGCCUAUCAGUGUCAACGUUCACGUCACAAACAACACCAACAAGACGGUGAAGAAGAUGAAGAUUUCAGUGCGUCAGUAUGCUGACAUCUGUCUAUUCAACACAGCACAAUACAGAUGCCCGGUCGCAACAGAGGAGACAGAUGACGUGGUGGCUCCGAGUUCAACGUUUUGUAAAGUCUACACCCUCACCCCUUUCCUCAACAACAACCGAGAGAAACGUGGUCUGGCAUUGGACGGGAAACUGAAACACGAGGACACAAACCUGGCUUCUAGUACAUUGUUAAGAGAGGGAGCCAACAAGGAGAUCCUGGGUAUCAUCGUAUCCUACAAAGUCAAAGUGAAGCUUGUUGUGUCUCGAGGCGGACUCUUAGGAGAUCUGGCAACGAGCGAUGUCCAUGUUGAGCUGCCAUUUACGCUAAUGCAUCCCAAACCAAUCGAAGAUGCAAUCUACAGAGAUGCUGCAGACGAGGCGCCAAUAGACACAAACUUGAUAGAAUUUGACACAAACGACGAUGACAUCAUCUUUGAGGAUUUUGCGCGUCAGCGGCUGAUCGGAGCGAAAGACGAUGAGGAUGAGGAGGGUGCGGACUCUCCCAAGCUGAACCACAGAUAGAGGAGGGAGAUGGAAGCUGCUGUGUUGUUCCUGUGUUGUGGUACAGAGGAGCUACUGUGACUGGAGGAGAGAGGGAGACCCUUUAAACACGCUCACAGUGGUGCCGUUGUCCUGUUCUUGUUCACAUUCGUCUUCUCCAUACAGCAAGGAUGUCAGAGAGAAAGUUUAGAGGAAAUGAGGCCUAGUCGUGGUGUGGUUUGAGGGGGUGGACCUUGACGCCUAGUUGUGGUGUGGUUUGAGGGGGGUGGACCUUGAC